CUAUCUUUAUAAAAAUAAUGAAAUAAAUUAUAUAUUUUUUUUCAAAUGAUGAAACUUUUAAUUUCACUUUCAAUGUCUUUUAUUUUAAUUUAAAAUAAAUAAUUUCUUCUCUUCAUUUAAAUCCAAAAUUCCGGUUAAUUCUAAGUCAAGAUGCAACAUGUAGACAUGGGAUUACCUUUUUUGGCAAACAAUUGGUUAUUUUUUCUAAUCAUUUUUACUAUCUAUUUAACAUGCAAGUUUGUUUAUAAACAUAAAAGUUUAUUGGGAAAUUUAAAAACAUACUUUAACAAAUCUACUCCUUUAUUAAACUCUAAUGAUGGUGAUCAUAGUCACUCAUUUAAUUCUCAGGAAACGAUGCCACACAUAAAUUAUAUUCAUCACAUACCGUUCUUAAUAAAUAUUAGUAAGAACCAUAAUUAUUCAAAAUCUUUAUUAUUAGAAACGGCCAUUACGAGAUCUAAGGACUACUUCAAUCUUAUGAAUUCUAGGAGAAGCAUUCGUUUUUUCAGCUCCAAACCUGUUCCUCCUCUUGAAGUGAUGGAAAAUAUCAUUAAAACAGCUGGAACAUCCCCUAGUGGUGCUCAUUGCCAACCGUGGACAUUUGUCUUAAUUUCCAAUCCUCGUAUAAAAAAAGAAGUAAGGAAUAUAGUUGAAAUGGAAGAAGAGAUAAAUUACAAAAAAAGAAUGGGAGAAAAAUGGGUAGAAGAUCUCAAAUUUGCCAGAACUAAUUGGAUCAAGGAGUACUUGGAAACGGCUCCAUAUUUAAUUAUUGUAUUCAAGCAAGUUUACGGAUACCAAAAUAAUAACGAGGGUAUGGUUGAAAAAACUCCUUUUUAUUAUCAAGAAAUGAGCGUCUGUAUAGCCUGCGGUAUACUCAUAUCGGCUAUUCAUAAUGCAGGAAUGGUAACCUUAACGAGUACACCCCUAAAUUCUAAUAACAAACUUAAACGAUUGUUAAAUCGACCGGAUAACGAAAAGGCGAUUUUAAUAUUACCUGUGGGUUACCCAGCAAAAGAUGCGACUGUUCCAAAUAUCAAAAGAAAAAAAUUAUCCGAUAUCAUGGUUCAUAUCGAUUAACUCAUACAAAUUUAACUUAAAAAUGUAUAAAAUUAAAUUUAUAAAUGCUAAUUUUCAAAAACGAAUAGAAUAAUUAUUCGAACGGAAUAAUUCUUUUUUAUACAAAUAUUAUACUUUUAUUAAAUUGUGCUAUAA